AAUAGCAACAUGUUCAUCAAUAAGCAAAUUAAAUUAUAUCCUUUAAAUGAGCAAAAAUUGACAAUUUAAUAUAUUUAGGCGAUGACGAGUUUAUAUGUUGGAUAGAAAUAGCAACGGAUAUCCUUACAGACAAACAACCUGUUAGAUUAAAGGGUAAAGCGGAAUGAAUGGAAGAAAAGAGAACCAGAAAACAACAAUAAUUAACUGAUUAGAUUGCAAGUUGUCAGUGGUCAGUGAGGUGAAUCACUGUUUGUAGCAAGAAAUUAGAUUGCUCACUGUCUACGUGUAUCUACAAUUUGUCAUUUAAAAGAUAAAGAAAUUCGACGACUCAAACAGGAGAUAAAAUAAUGGAGACAAAAAGAGGGAGAAGAAGAAAAAAGAGGAUUGAGUGAAAUGAAUCAUUUCAUGAGAAAACAAUAUGGUCACAUUGGAGUUAAAUCAGAUUAAAUCAGUCAUUAGAUGCAUCGAGUCGGCGUUGAAAGUAAACUUUCUCUUCAGAACAUCAUUUUUUUACUCUCCAUCUGAGGCUCUUUCUCCAGCCUUUUGAAACAUGUUUCGCUCUUUAUCUAUCCUUUUCUCUUUAUUUUACUGCCUCUCUUUCAAUGAAGAUGAAAAGGUAACUGGAUCAAUGGAGAAAACUGCACCUCGGAGUCUGUCCUUUUGGCUACAUCAAAUUAGAGUGAGAAAUGAAAGGGAGUCAGAUAAAAUGAGAGAGGGAGAAGGAGAGAAAAAAUGCGCUCGAAAUGACAUCACACAUUUAUAUAUCCGUUCGUAAACAUGUUUCCCUUAUGCUACCAGCAUCUAAAGAAGAUAAAAAGAAUUCAUCAUCAACAUAAACAUCAUCAUUAUCAGAAAAGGGUAAAACAUUGUGUAGGGCUUUAAAAAGUCUAACCUGAAAUAUGUGUUCUUGUGUGUAACAACAACCAGUUGACUGAGCAACCAAAAACUCUUCAACAUCGUUUUUGAUUACUCUUUGCUUUUUGUUCCUGUUGCUAUUUAAUUAAGCAGUUGUUCUUAUUGAAGAUUUGUUUAUCUUGCGCUCUUGUCUUCAAAAUUAUAACCAUUGAUAACAUGAACCGUUAAAAAGAAGAGGAAACAACCAUCAAAAAGAAUUAGCCUUGAUAAUUCCUGUAAUAUUCAAGAAACAUAACAAAAAAAGAGAAAAAAGGGCAAAACACGAACUGAAUAUUGUUUCACUAACCAUAUUGAUCGUUUAACAAAUUUUGGUCAACACAUUUUCUUACCACUUUUUUAAUCAGAUUAUUUCCAUUUGCCUUUUAACCAUGUAACUAGCCAUUGCGAUUAUCGACUUUCAAUUGAUUUCAAAUGUUUUCCAAUUGUCAACCUACAAGCUGAUCAACACGAAAGGAAACCAAAGCAAAAAUCAUUUUGUAACACAAUGAAUGGUUCGGAAAGUAAAAGUCGCUGGAUUUGUCCAAAUGAUAGGGAAUUAACGUUGAGAGCAAAAUUGGAUUCUGGUUGGUGUGUCAAGAGUGGAUUGAAUUCACCUUCAUCUGUUAAUCAAAUCAAUGAGCUGGAGCAACAAGUUAUCAUGGACGUUCUUAGACGAUCCCAGCAAUUGGAAGCCAUUGAAAGUGAUAGGAUAAGUCGAUUACAGGAUCGUCUGAAUAACAUGAAACGUAAUGCCAAAGGUGAUGGGAGUAAAGCUUGUGCUCUUUGUAGCGAUUCAUUUGGCCUUUUUGGUGCCCAAUGUCAUCACUGUAAAGACUGUUUAAAGUCUGUUUGCAGUAAAUGUGGAGUCGAUACUUUUACUCCAAUUGGUGAACCCAUUUGGCUUUGUAAAAUUUGCUCAGAAACAAGAGAGAUAUGGAAAAAAUCUGGUGCCUGGUUUUUCCAAAAGAUACCAAAACCAUCCACGCCUAAUCAUCAAUCUUCAUCAUCAAAAAAACGUUGAUCUCUAAAGAAAAUUUCAAUUCAACUAAAAGAUACUUUUGAUGAUGAAUACACUGAACUUUACCUAAAAGAUGAACCUAACUUUUAUGGAAACAUUCAACUGGCUUAUUCCUAGCUUCAUCUUCACACUAAUACAACAAUUAAGUGAUAUAACGUUUACUUUCCAUUUGUCCCGUUCGAUGUAAAUAAAGAAAACAUUAAAUGUACAUGAUUAAAUUGCCGUCUUUACAUUUAACCAUUAAAUGUAUUACUUUUGAAAGUUGCCAAUAAAAUUUACAAUGAAAACAAUUAAA